AUUGAAUAAGUAUUUAGAAAUUCUAAAAGAUAAAAGCAUUACAAAGAGUUUAAUUGGAUACAUCCCUUUUUUUUGGCUAACACCAGCUCUCAACUGUUUUGAUUUGAAGACUCCUUUCGUACUUGAUGUUGAGGAUCCUAAAAUUCUAAAAAAUCCUAAUGUGAUAAUAUCUACCAAUGUGUAUCAAUUCAAAAUUUAAAGAGACUUUUAAUACUGAAGAACCCACGUUUCCAUUAGCUGUCAGAGAGAUAAUGACACCACACGUCACUUACCCUCUGAAAAGCUCCUACGUGUGCUGGUGAGAGGGGAGCCAAAAGGGCAGAUGACGUCAUAGUGUUCACAGGGAGUUUUGACCUUGUGGAUCCCCUGAAAGGGGAACACACUUUGAGAAUCACUGGCAUAUAAAAAUAAUGGUGUGUUUUAUACCAGUGCGGUUAAUACAGAUACAUUUACACCUUAAAUAGGGGAAGGAUUUCCACGUGGAAAACUAUUGUUGGACAAUCGGUAUAGCACCAUGAGGCAUGGAGAAAUUAACUGAUGUAGUUUUCUUCUGUGGCUGUGAGAAAUAUUUCCCCUUUUCUACUUAAGUGGCCAGCUCACACUGGGUAUCCCGAAGGCUCGAGUAAUUCUGACCUUAGGAGAAGGUACCAGCGUGCGUGGGUUCCAGGGCAGUGGAAUGGGCUGUCUAGGAGGAAGACGGAAGCUAGGACAGAAAUAGGAGUAGGAGAAGUGCGGUUUGGUUCCCACGGGAAGAAAGAUGGGUUUUCUGGAGACAGACAGAGGAGUUGAGCUUGCAGUUUCUGGAGACGCGGGGAAGCCUGCGAACGGCUGUGUGGGUAUUUUGCUGCAGAUGGACGUUGCACAACCAGUCAGGGUUCCACUGCACAGUCAGGCCUAGAGAGGGCAGUCCCUGGGGAGCUGCUGGCCUUUGGGGUGCCAUGAAGGUUUAAGCAAGCAGAUGCUUGCGACAGGCACCAUGGAUUGCUGACCAGAAGAUUCUUCUGUCACUGCCAGCGUCCUGACCUGGAAUCCCAGAACCACUCAAGGACCAGAGCCAACACACGCACACAGUUGGCUUUUGUCGGGACCAGACUGGGUGUUAGAAACUAUGGCAGCAAAGUAGUUACCAGCAGGUCUGAGGUCAGACUGCCUGAAUGUGAUUUCUAGCUCUGCCUUACUAGCUGUAAUGGCAUUGUCAAUAGAACCGGCUUCACAGGAUUCUCCCUGGGAACACUAAAGAAGGAUGCAUGGAAGCUCCUCAAACUGUGUGGCAUGUAACAAGUAUAUAUCUAUACCAUCAUCUCUUGCACCUCGGACGUCCUGGAGAUGUCAUACCUGCCACAGUGCAUCCUCCGAGUGUUGGUAUGACUAAAGUUUCGCCCUACGUUUCGUUGAAGACCAGAUGAACGCCCUAAGGCUGGAGUCCAGGGGACCAAGAGCAUUCUGGAAAUUGCACAGGUGCUCUACUGCGCAGGGGGCAGCAGAGGCUGCAGGGGAAGGUCAUGGAGUCGGCCACUCCAGCCCGCAGUCUUUCUGCCCCAGCUUAUGGCAUGGAGGGAGUCCUGCCAAGCAAACCCUCAACUAGCUUCAGGGGGACCGAGGGUUUUUCUUUCUUCGGUGUUAGCACGGGCUUCCCACGCAGGGCGCAGCCAGAGCGCUGCAAACUCCUCGAGAGUAUGCGGGGGCCUGGAUACUCCCGGGGUAGGAGGGGUGGCGCCGGUGAGUCCGAGCCUGGAAGGUAGGCGUGGGCAAGUAUGAGCCUGACCUCCGAGGCUUUGGGCACCUGCCAUUUGCGAGGAAGGUGGGGGGGUGGUAUCUGAAUUUGCCUGGAGCGAGGUUCCCGCUUCCGGAUUACCUCUCCUCCGACACUCAUCCCGCCCCCCAGGCUGGGCGUGGUCUGCUCCUAUCCUCGCCUCCCCUCCCCAGGGGGCGGAGCUGGGGGAGGGGUCUCUGCGAUCGAGUCACGUCCAACAGGCGGAGCAGAGCACCAGGAGGCCGGCUGGGGAGGCGCCACAUCCGGCCGCUGACUCGUGUGUAUAAAGCCGCGACCGCUGCACUUGGCUUCCAACAGUAGCUCUGGGCCCUUCUCGGCUGCAGGGGCAGCUGCUCCAAUGCCCCACAGCGGCCAUGAGCGUCCCGCAUUGGUGGGACCAGCUGCGGGCUGGCAGCUCGGAGGUGGACUGGUGCGAAGACAACUACACCAUCGUGCCUGCCAUCGCCGAGUUCUACAACACGAUCAGCAAUGUCUUAUUUUUCGUCUUACCGCCCAUCUGCAUGUGCUUGUUUCGUCAGUAUGCAACAUGCUUCAACAGUGGCAUCUACCUAAUAUGGACUCUCUUAGUGGUAGUGGGAAUUGGAUCCGUCUACUUCCAUGCAACCCUAAGUUUCUUGGGUCAGAUGCUUGAUGAACUUGCAAUCCUUUGGGUUCUGAUGUGUGCUCUGGCCAUGUGGUUCCCCAGAAGGUAUCUACCAAAGAUCUUUCGGAAUGACAGGGGCAGGUUCAAGGCGGUGGUCUGUGUCCUGUCUGCGGUCACAACGUGCCUGGCGUUUGUCAAGCCCGCCAUCAACAACAUCUCUCUGAUGACCCUGGGGGUUCCCUGCACUGUGCUCCUGGUUGCAGAGCUAAGGAGGUGCGACAACGUGCGUGUAUUUAAGCUGGGCCUCUUCUCCGGCCUCUGGUGGACCCUUGCGCUCUUCUGCUGGAUCAGUGACCGAGCCUUCUGUGAGCUGUUGUCGUCCUUCCACUUCCCCUACCUGCACUGCGUGUGGCACAUCCUCAUCUGCCUCGCUGCCUACCUGGGCUGUGUAUGCUUUGCCUACUUUGAUGCAGCCUCCGAGAUCCCUGAGCAGGGCCCCGUCAUCAAGUUCUGGCCCAGCGAGAAGUGGGCCUUCAUCGGCGUGCCUUACGUGUCCCUCCUGUGUGCCAGCAAGAAAUCACCAGUCAAGAUCACGUGAUGGCAUGGCCGUGGUGGCUUGGCUUCUCUGCUUAUUUUCCCUGAUGCACGGACUCCCUUUGCCAGCAAAGACCGCCGGGGGCUUGCAGAGUCCGGGGUAGGGCCUGUCUUUUAAAAGUUCUGUUCCCUUGGGCUCAACUAACGUGUCUGUGGCCCGCCAGGACUCUACCAUGCAGGGGGAGGAAGGUCUUCCCCUUUCCCAAAGAUGGAAAGUGGAGGGCUGAGGGGCACCAGGUGGAACUUCUCAGCCUCUUCCAGAUGCAGUAGUUUGUUGGGCUGUAUCCUUUCUGGCAAUGGCAGAGCAGUCCCUCGGGGAGCCCAUUUCCCAGUGGGAGAUGGGUCCAGACUCGACCAUUCCCAUGUGCUCUCCGUGUCAACUCUCCUGCUGACCGACAGGCCCUGUGACAGACUCAGACCUCGGUCUGAUGGAAGAUCCCAGGGAUUUUCACUUGAGGAAACUGUCCUAAAACAAGACCAAGCCAAUGAAAUCCACACAGGGCUAAUGGCUAAGGAGGCAUCCAUGUAGAGCUCUCCGUAACCAGGUUUUACAUGCACUUGUGAAUCUUUUCUCUACUACCUCUGCUGAGAGAUGGGGAUUUGACUUCAGAGGAGGGCGAAGCAGACGAGAAAAACCCUCUGUGCCAAAAGCUACACUCUGCUUUAAGCCAUUCUUGAAGAUGAGCACAAUUUUUAGAUGUGGACAUUGUUGGCCCCCUCCCCAAACCAACGGUCACACACACACACACACACACACACACACACAGGAUAGUUGUGGUGUGAGCAGGUCUGCACACAGACCCCGGCUCCUCAGUGCCGAGCUCCGCAAGGUCAGGCCUCAUGACAGUCACGGUGGGAGUCCUACCUGGUUCAACGUCUGGAGCAGACAUGAAGGUCUGGAAACUUGUGCUGAUUAGAAGCCUUCUGGAUGCUCUUCCACUUGGAAGUUAUCCCCCAAAAUGUCACCUCUUCUUUCUGCAAGAUUUCCUGCGGGAAUCAUACUCCAUAUUCUCCCAGUACAAGGUGCUUCCUGUGGUUUCUCCAAGGAUUUGAUAGCUGCUCUUCUCUAGAACUGUGGCUCUUUGGGUCGUGGGUGCAGCAGGCAAUGCUGUUGGCCUUCUCAGUUUUUCCUCACCUGAAGGGACACUAGCCAAAACUAAUCUCUUCGUUGGGCCGAAUGAAGACUCUAAAACGGUCAUCAAGGUGUGAGGGGGAAUGCAUGACCUCAGGGAUACUCACUUUAACUGACAUCUCCUGCUUUGCAACAUUCCAUCAUGAAAGAGGGCAGGACAGACAUGUCCUUGUGUGGAUGGGAGUCCUGUCGCUAAGGAUCUAAUAAGAAUUGGGCAGGACCAGCGCGUGGCAGGUCUAGGAACUUUGGCUCCACUUAGAAUUUGCACAGGAUCGAAGGUGAAAAGUCCAAUAAGGAACUGAACUGAGAGUUUAAAAAUGAAGGACUGUAUUCUGCUUCUGUGGUUUUCAAGUUAUUUUCAGCAGAACCCUAUCUGCAAUAAGAAAUCAUCAAGGAACCCAAAUGUGUGAUAGAUGGUGCAUUCUAGUAGUUUAAGUUUAAGGGUAAACUUCUACAUUUCCCUUAAUAUCAUGCAGCAAAAAAUGCAAGUUAAAUUGGUGGUUUCCAUGGUAAAAAAUUUGGGAUUGAAUGAGUGUACCCUGUUUAUUAUAGCUUAAAAAUAUACUUUAAAAAUGGUAUUUAAGUAUUUGUGGGGCUUCUAGUGCACUUCUGAGACCUAGGUGGUUCAUGAACUACCUAGAGUUUUGUUUUGUUUUUAAAAUUUUUAAUGUUUAUUUUUGAGAGAAAGAGACAGAGCACAAAUGGGGGAGGGGCAGAGAAAGAGGGAGACACAGACUCCGAAGGAAAAUCUGAGCUGUCAGCACAGAGCCCAACGUGGGGCUUGAACCCACAAACUGUGAGAUCAUGACCUGAACUGGAGUCAGAUGCUUAACCAACUGAGCCACCCAGGCGCCCUGGAACCACCUAGAGUUUUAAAACUGCUGUUCAGUCUUUUGGGUUUAAAGUCUAGAAUUUUUUCAAAAGGAAUUAGACUGUCCUCACUUCAGAUGGACUUCCCAGGUUUGGAUUCUGGUGUCAUUCAUUCUGGAGUAUAAAAAUGCUCCGAAGUAGGGGGAAGCUUUGAUUUACUUUAAGUCCAGCUGUCUUUGUGGAAGCAUACAUGAGGAGAAGGGACCGUGGGAAGUGUUUGUGCUCUAUGGGAGGUUUAAUUUCCAUCUCAAGGGCUCCUCAGUGAUGAGAGCAUUGUUCCAGCAGUUAAGGAGGGUGUGGGUCUCUUGAUCAGGUAAAGGGGUAGAAGGUGGUGUUCCCCAGGGACCUAACUCCCAACUCUUUGACCUUACUCUUCUGGAAAUUUCUUAGUGUCCUUUGGAAAUAGAGAUAAGCUGGGACUGCUGGAAAUGAGGAAAUAAGUGCCCUGACAGGGCUGUUGCCAUCUACCUUCUACAAGAAGAAUGGCUUAGUUAAGAUGUCAGAAGGAAUGCUUUUGUUGUAAAAAAAAAACAAAACAAAACAAAAACAAAAACAAAAAGCAAAACAAAACAAAAAACAAACCAGAAGGCCCUUCUAGAGAUUGGUUUUGAUGAGCUAAGGGCUGAUAACAGGUAUGGAAUGGGGUAUAUUUUAGGAGGACAAAAACAUAACUUCUCCUUUUGAACAAAAAUCGCUAUGGCUUGUUAGUGUGAAGAUGGUAAAUCAAGAAAGUAGGAGUUUAAAGAUUUUAUUUGAAGUUAGGUUUAUGGCAUCAUUCAUGUUUAUAUUUACGAUGCUUUUAUAGCACUCCAGGCUCUUGUAGAGAAUUAGAAAGCUGCAGGAAAGUUGAAGAGAAAAAAGUAGUCUGCAUUUCUAUUGUCCAAGGACAAUCACUAUUAAUAUUUUGGCAUUUUGGUGUAUUUCCUCAUCUUUUUUUCUUCUCCAAAUAGAGUUGUAAAUAGAGGUCUUUUAGCAUGCACAGUUCAUCUGGUAGCUCGAAUGGAAUAUAAAUGUCAGUUGUGUAUUUUCCGCGAAGAGCAGCUUUUGGAAUACACUUGAGUUAGCUCUGCACUUGAGAGCUCAUCACUGGAUUCUGACUUACUGCUGAGUCUUUUUACAUUGAGCCGGACAUGAAUAGGUCCUGAGAAAUAUGAACCGAAGUCUACUUUUUGUUAGGCCUCUGCACUUGGGUUGACAAACUACAGAAAAUAGCUAUUUGAUAGAUGGCUCUGCAGGUUGUGAGGUUUUCAGAUUUUAAAAAAGUGAAUAGCUUAUUGAUGUGCAAUCAAGAAUCUUUGUUUUUUUCCCCCCUGAUAACGCAGGGAAGUGGAAAGUUGACAUUCAGGAAUUAGGUCAUGGCUGUUACUCACCGUGGCAGUCAGAUACUUGUUCUGCUUAGAUAGAAUUUGCCUGAUGGAACUGGAUCUAGGAUAUUAAACAUUAGUAUCCUAGUUAUCAAGGAAUCACUUAAGUCAGCGAUUCUUAUUUUUUUAGUGUUUGGUUGAAUGCAGACUUUUAAGAAAGCUUUUCUCCUUUUGAUGAUUAGGAUUAUACUAUUAGCAUGUCAGUGAAUAUAUUUAAGGUGUGUGGGAGAAGAGAUACCUGAAUCUGUUCGGUAACAGGCUACUUGUGGGGGAAAUCUGCCUGUCCCUCUGAUUAGUGCCUGCUACGUUCAUUAUGGAUCAGAGAUGUUCUGUUGGGGGACCUAAGCUCAAUGGUCAUCAAGCACAGACUUUCUAAAAAUACCGUAACUUGUUCUGUUUAUUGGCUUUCUCAGGUGUGUAAAAACUAGUCACCAGUUCCUCAUGCUUACGUGAGCCAGGGCCAUGUUGGGGGCUCUGAGAGUGGGGUAGAGUCUUCCUUGGCUCUUUAUCCCAUGGGGCUGGCAUGAGACCAUCUCUGAGGGACAGGUGAGGGCUGAAGCUUGCCCAACCGGAGCCCCUCUCAUAGCUCCUUUCCCCCAGAUGAGCUUGGAACCUUUCAUUGCCAGCUCUUGGCCGGGGUGCUCCCAUUCCAGCUGGCCAAAGAGAAUGCUCAGGCCAGGUUGGGGUGCUUAAUGGAUUUUACAUACUCCUACAGGCAAAAAAAAAAAAAGCCUCUAAAGGACUGAUUGUUUAAAUUGUUUCUUUCCGUGUAUGUUAAACAGGUUUAAGACUAUUUUAUAAUCACAGUAUGUAAGCAGAGCAUAUAUAGUAUUUUUAGACCUAUUCCUUGUUUUAUACUUUAGAUAGGUUGUGCCGUCUUAGGGUGGUGUGCCCAGUGGCUGUGGGAGCAGUUAAUGUCCAUUGUUUGGGAGCGUUUUAAGGCCUUUUGAAAUGGAGCUUUUGCACUUUAUACUAUUUUUGGGAACUAUGAGUUGUAUUUCAAUAUUAAAGCCAUAAGUGGCAUUUUCUGUGAAUGAAAA